AUGCUUUCGAAACUCACUAGUCUUGAAGUUCUUAAUCUUUUGAACAAUACUUUCCUGUCAUUAAGCACAAGUGACAAUGGGAUGUACUAUUCUUUCCCUCAGCUUGGACCUGUGUUAUUCUCUUCAUGCAGUAUAAGGCAGUUCCCGAAUUUCUUUCGAACAUCGAAGUUGAAGGUUUUAGAUCUUUCCAAUAACAUGAUUUCGGUGGUAUGCAUUUCGAAAUGGGAAGCUGAAGGGUGGAAAGAAUUACGAGUUUUGAACCUUUCUUAUAACUCUCUGGCCACUUUGGAGCAAAUUCCAGGAAAGAGAUUGACAAUUGUCGACCUACAUAAUAAAUUGACAGGAAACAUCCCUCUUUGUAUUUGCAAUUGGAUUUCACUUACAGUUCGGGACUUGUCCAAAAACAGCUUGAGUGGAAUUAUACCUGAAUGUAUUGGAAAUUUCAGCUACAGUCUCGAGGUCAUGGAUUUGCGGAUGAACAACUUGUACGGAAAGAUCCCUGAUUUCUUUGUUCUCAUCUUGAGAUCUAAUAGAUUUCAGGGAUCAUUGCCUGAUUCCAUGGAAUCAACCAAUUUCUCAGCGUUACGAAUAGUUGAUCUCUCCGGAAAUGAGACCUGUGGCAUAUUGCCAGCGAAUCUCUUCCGGAAUUUGAGAGCAAUGACAGAUGUGAUUAAAGAGAUACUUCAGCCUCAUUGGUCUACAGAUUUGACAGUGUUACAUAUAACACCAAAUGCUCGACUUCUUUCACAACUUCACCGUCCUAUCCCAGCAACGUUUGGAAAUUUGGUGGCACUUGAGUCAUUAGAUCUGUCAUCAAACAUGCUCAAUGGCAACAUUCCUUGUCAAACGACGAAGCUGACAUUUCCUGAGGUGUUGAAUCUUUCGCAAAAUGAUCUUGUUGGACCUAUUCCUCAUGGGAACCAAUUCGACACCUUCGAUAAUGAUUCCUACGGAGGCAAUCUGAGAUUGUGGUUUACCAUUAUCCAGGCUGUGCAACAACCAUGGGAAGGUCGAACCACCCGCACCGUUGGUGGCGGAACACGAGGAUUCUCAAACACCCCUUUUUUUGGCAAGUUGUGUUGA